AAAGGUUUCAUAAAAACUAUCCAAUGAAGACAAAGCAAACCCUCCUAAACUAAAUUCUUAUACUAAUCUUUGCUUUGGAUACUAACUCUUGUCAUCAAAUGUUUCACUUCUACUCAAACUCCUUUUCCUAGUUCCUUUCUUCACCUAACCCUUCUCCUUUUUUUCUCUUAACCAAUUAUCACUUUUUUUGCAGCAAUUUUGGGGUUUUCUUUCUUGGAAAUUGUUGUCAUCAAUAUCAUAGGUUACAAAGUUUCAGUUUUUUUUCUUUCUUUUUCUUAUAAAAAAUGAAACUUUUUAACAUUAUAUGAGUUUGUGUCUCAAAUCAAGAACUGGGUCAUUGGAAUUUGAAUGAUAUCUGUUACAAUUGUCAUUUGAUCACAUUGUUCAUCUUCUGUAAUUAUUAAAAAUCCAUUUUUUUGCUUAUUUCUUUGGUGGGGUUUGUGCUAUUGUAUGUAUUUGUUUGUUAGGAGUUUGUUUGAGGUUUGAGAGUUUAACAAAUUUUCAAUGGGUUUAGAUGAGAGAAAAGACUGUGUUAGGGUAUUGGAUUCGGUUCAUGAAGUGAUUGGAACUUCAAGAGAAGUAGGUAUGAAUUCAGGAUCCAGUAAGAAGGAGGCUGAUGAGGAGGUUAAGGUUAAGGAAAAGUGUGAUGAAGAAAAUAUUCGCGACGAAUUGCGAGAGGUUGAUCAAGAAACUAGUUACAAUAAUUCAAGCAAUUUGGUUAAUCAGGAAGUGGUUGAGACAGUGGUUGUUGUGAAAGAGUCUGUUCAUGUUCAGCCUGUUCAGACUGAGUGUGUUAAUGGAGAGGAUAGGAAAUUGGAAGCAAAAGGUGAUGAAUCAGGGCUUAGUUUGGUUUCCAAGAAAUCGCCGAAAGGGGUGUCUGGAAUCGAUAAAGAUUCGUGCGUGAUUGAUAUGAAGUGCAGUAGUCACAAAGGGUUUUCUGAGAAUUCACAAGGUGAGAGAAUUUGUAGGAUUUGUCAUCUGGCUUUUGGACCGGCGUCAGAUGCAGCAAUUGUCGAAAAUGUGAGUGCUACAAAUGGAGAUUUUAUUCAACUUGGUUGCGCGUGUAAAGACGAGCUCGGCAUUGCUCAUGUUUAUUGUGCUGAAGUUUGGUUCAAGCUCAAGGGAAACAGAUUAUGUGAAAUAUGUGGUGAGACUGCGAAAAAUGUUUCUGGUGUUACUAAUAACGGAGUUAUGGAAGAGUGGAAUGAUAGAAGAUUCAUGGACAACGGCGGUAACUCAUCGCGCAGGUUUGGUGGAUGCUGGCGAGCACAGCCGUUUUGUAAUUUCUUGAUGGCAUGUCUGGUAAUAGCAUUCAUUAUGCCGUGGUUUUUUCAUGUAAACAUGUUCUAGCUUCGGAAUCGAAUACUUAUAUAUUUCCUCCCUCUUCCAUUCUUUAUACCUAUUAAUAAAUACAGUGAGUGAUAUCAUCAAAUUUUUGUGUCUUCCCAGAAGAUGUGAAAUUUGCUAUUUGAAUAUAUAGAAGUUACAAUGCAAAGAGUUUA